AUGGCCGGUCCCAGAGUCACCGGAGCCUUGGGCGGUGGGACGACCGUUUCUGGAUCGCGUCUGUCGUCGCCGGUGAUGAUCCUGGCAAGUACAUGGACAAGGAGAAGAACUACUUCAAUAAAUCCGGUAGAAAUGUCUGACGAAACCCUGAUUGACCUCUCGGAUGAACAGAACAUGAAGUCGAUAUACUUCAACACUCUGUCAUAUUUCUCGUCCAGGAUGUCUACUGGCGCCGCGAUCGAGAUGUAG